CACUUAAAACUUCACUGUUAAUAGUGUCAAUACUGUCAAUCUCAAAAUCACAUGCAAAUACAAAUUUUACAUAAUAAUAGAACCACUAAAAUGUCAUAAAAAUGGAUCUAAAUGAACAAAAUAGUACAUUCGUAACAAAAUUUAACAUAAAUGGUCGCAGUAUUUACAUAAAAGUCUCGUGGAAAGAUAAUGAAACCGACGUAUUUCGCUUAAAACUGUACGAAGGAGAACGCACUUGGUCGGGGCGGUUUUCUGUCGAGUUUGCUGAGAAAUACAGGGAGUGUUUUGACGAAACUAAACCAGAAUACUUGAAAAAUGUUGAACUGAGUUUAAAAGGCGACAGUGAUGAUUUUACAUACGCUUUUAAUGAGACCGGCGAUGAUGAGGCAUCGUUCAUUUGGAAGAAGAAAUUCGUAGGUUCUACUGCAACUAGAGUCCAUGGAUCGGUAUCCUUGAAACUGGAUGCUCCUGAAUCCAAAGACGUUUUGAUAGAUUUCUUAUUGGAUGAAAAUAAGAGUUUACAGCAAGCCAUCUCAGAUUUUAAUGACAGGACCAACAUAUUGACCGGAGAGCUAGACAAAUGCAAGCAGGAAAUGGAGAAAUACGUAGACAUCAAGACCACUUUAGAGUCUGUGUUGUAUGGGAAGUUUGUUCAGAUAUUGAAUACUAAGAAAAGGAGAAUUGAGCUACUUGAAGAAAAUAUACAAAAGUUCAUUCAAGAAAAGAAAGUUUAAACUGUAAAGAAGUUUAAAUUACUAUUAUCUGUGAUCUCUUUAACUAUAAACUAAAUGUGAGUUCCUAGAAAAAAACUGGAGGGUCCCACAGUCAUAAAUAUGCCUGUAUUUAUUUAAAUUUUAGUAACAAAUUCUAAAUUACUAACCUACAUUUGUACCCUCCUACGCCCAGCCAUAGAAAUGAAAAAUCCAAAAUUUGCCACUAAAAAUUUGAUACUAUAAUAGUGUAGGAAAUAGACUUGAUUUUGCUUUGUUUGAAAACGGAAUGAAACAAAGCAAACUAAGUCUGUUUCAAUAGGGGAUAUCAUGCAGAGCUCUGUGUAGAAAGUGCCACUACCACAUUCUGAGGGUUUACCAUAAAACACGACAAUCUAAAUUUCGUUAUUUGCCUCUCUAUCACUCUUGCAUAUUCAAGCAAUAAAGAGGCCAGAUAAUGAAAUUUCGAUUUUCGUGUUUCACGGUAGGCCUCUGUAAACAAACCGCUUUGAUGCAUCAAUGUCAUAGUAAAACUUCUCAAAAAACUGUUUAAGGCAUAGUAUGUAUAAGAUACUCAAUGGUUUAUGUGAUGUGAUAGUGCUGCUCUCUGACCACAGAACAUUGCAGUAAUACUCCCUAUUGAAUAUGAGUUAAAUUUCAUUUAACUGAAUAAGAGGCCUUAGGAGGGUAUAGAUUAUUGUAAUUUUUUACUCUUCAGUUUAGGAAUAAUAAACGGAUUUUUUGGUA